UUCGUGGAAAAUUUUUAUUGAUAAAAGAAAAGGUGAAAGUUAAUUAAUUUUCACAAAUUUUCUUUAUUAACUGCGGUGAAUUAACGUGAUUAGUGUUUCUAUAUAAUUAACUAACUAGAGUCAAGAAGAAGCUGAAACUAUUCACCGUAUUCUCUCAUCUGUCAGAGGUUCGCUUCAGUUGAACGGCGUUCCAAUUGUGCACUCGGAACAAUGAAAAAAAUCGCGAUCUUUGGUGCCAGUGGCAUGACCGGUGUUUGUGCCGUAGAAGCAGCGUUGAAUUUAGGCUUGGAAGUUCGAGCUUUGCUUCGAGAUCCCAGUAAAAUGGCUGAAACGUAUCGUAACAAGAUAGAAAUAAUUCAAGGAGACGUUCUGGUGGAAAGUGAUGUUGAAAAAACAGUCGAAGGACGAGACGCCGUAGUUGUUGCAUUAGGAACGAGAAACGAUCUCAGUCCUACUACGGCAAUGUCAACCGGUCUUUCAAACAUACUUUCAGCCAUGAAGAAAGCCAACGUCGAAAAGAUAUCAGUCUGUUUAUCAGCGUUUUUAUUUUACGAGCCGGACAAGGUUCCUAAGAUUUUCAAAGACUUGAAUGAAGAUCAUCAAAGAAUGUUUGAUCUAUUGAAGAAAGAGGAUACUUUGAAGUGGAUUGCUAUUCUUCCACCUCAUAUAGCUGAUACACCGAACACUCCUUAUACUAUAAAACACGAUUCUUCUCCCGGACGAGCUAUUUCUAAACGAAGUUUGGGUGAAUUUCUGGUUGAAAGUUUAGAUAAACCUGAACAUUAUAAUCAAGUGUGCGGUAUCGCUACAGUUGUGCCGAGUAGUUGAAUAUAUGUAUUCGUGGUCAAAUCUACGAUUGUGUUAUGCUCAGAAUCAUUUUCAUGGUACUUUUUGCAUUUUAUUUUAAAAUUUAAUGCACAAUUUUAAUUACGGAUAUGUAGCUGAUCAGUGAUCAUGAUUAUUUGCGUUUGUUAUCAUUUUAUAUUGUUAUUCAUCUUACGUAAUUUAUAUUUAUCGAAUGAUAUUUUACUUAGUUUGUAUAUUGUUGAUUAUGUCGAUGGUGUUGAGUAAAUAAAGUGAAGUCCGAACACAU